UAAAUUGGAUGUCUGAGCGCGCAAACGCAGCGCAUCACUGUGGGCUGCUGUUACCAGACGCGUUUUUGGAGCGCCCAGAUUCUGCAUCGGUGCUCCUCGCAGCAUCAGAGACUAGACAUCUCCACUUUUAUCAGUUUAGAGAAAUCUAAACUAAAAAAAAAUGGCAGAAAAUCACCCGUGAUUGUUUUUUCCCGGAAAAAACACAAUUUUUAACUGGAUUCCCCCUUUUUUUCUGUUGCUUCUGUCGGACAUGGCUCGUCUUUGGAUCCAAUAAGAGACCCUGCCAGCGUUAGACGCGUCUGCGGCGCGGGAGACCAGCGGGGGGGACUCGGAAACUUGAGCGGCGCAGGAGCAGACGCUUUUCUCUCUGUUCGUGGCUGGAAGUGGAACCUAAAAGGAGAGCGCCAUGGUGGGCUUCGUCCUCCUCAUCCUCAGCUGGACUGUGAUCUCUGAGUUCGUGAGGGCCCAGAAUGACACGGAACCAAUCGUUCUGGAGGGGAAAUGCCUCGUAGUGUGCGACUCCAACCCGGCCAUGGACUGGAGGUCCUCGUCGUCGCCGCUUGGCAUCUCGGUGCGCGCCGCCAACUCCAAGGUGGCUUUCUCCGCAGUCCGGAGCAACAAUCACGAGCCGUCAGAGAUGAGCAAUAAAACGAGAAUAAUCUACUUCGACCAGGUGCUGGUUAAUAUAGGAAACUACUUUACCUUUGAAUCCGUAUUUUUGUCCCCACGAAAAGGAGUCUACAGUUUCAACUUUCAUGUGAUUAAAGUGUACCAGAGCCAAACGAUACAGGUGAACUUGAUGUUGAACGGGAAACCAGUCAUCUCUGCCUUCGCUGGCGACAAGGACGUCACCCGUGAGGCUGCCACCAACGGUGUUCUCCUGUUUCUUGAAAAGGAAGACAAGGUCUACUUAAAGCUGGAAAAGGGAAAUCUGGUUGGCGGAUGGCAAUAUUCAACGUUCUCCGGCUUCCUCGUGUUCCCUCUGUGAAAAAAAGAGAGAAGAAUCAAUAAAAAAGGACAAGUGCAAGCUUACAGACUUUGUCAUGAUGUGUCGUCACAGUAUAAUCGAAACAUUUGCUGCUACAUGUGUUGGAUUUUCGGCCGAUGGUUGAGGUUUUAGAUGCAUAAGGGAUCAGACUUUGGAGAGUGUUUAUUGAUGGGACGUGCCAAACUCCUGUCCAGAUGAAAGACACUGGAAAUUUGUCCCCCAUUGUUGUCGUACAUUCCUGCCGCUCAAGCAGCCCACUGAGAGGAACAUCAACACAUCCCUGUAUACCUUCAGACUUUUGUUUGUCAAAAUAUUUCCAGCAUAUGGAUUUCUCUUUUUCUUUUUCCUUUCUUGAAUCCAUUGACAUCUGCCUCUUUGAGUGCAAACUGUGUAUGCCUUUGUUAUCUGCGCAACAUGUCAUCACAUGUGUACAUGUGUACAACGACAUGUACACCUUAAAAACCAACCGGUCCCCCGAGGCAGACGCUGAACUGUGCAAACACCGUUCUUCUGAAUACGGGUUUCAUACGUGUUCAGAAUGUGUGCAGCUCCUGGAUUAUGCUACGUUCACAGCGGACAUGUGAUGCGAAAUUCAAGAACACGGCGAACCUGGGUUCUUCAAUGUGUUUUUAGCUUUUACGGUGUUCACACUGGACUGUUGCUACCGGAUACUUGCCCAUGUACUUACAGUUGGAAGAAGUUUAGUGUGAAAUGUUAAAGUGGUGCAAAUCUCAUGAAUCUUGCUCCUGGCUUUUUCUUUCACAGCUAAAUUCUAAUAUUUGAAAGGUGUCAUUUAAUUUUACAAACUAUAAUCAAUAAUUUCUCCUCCUUGAUCAAUUUUCAACUCUUCCGUGUUUUGAAAAGGUUGUUACCCAUGUGUGACACACCAAAUUUGAGUUCCUUAUUAGUCAAAGUUCAACUGGUUUCACUUUCAGAAGCCCAAAAUGCACAAUUAUGUGCGUUUUGGGCACAUACUGUAAAUGUGCAUUAUAGACUUUUAAUUGAACGUGGCCACCUGAACACAUGUUGUCAAGGCCGGUGUGAACUUUGCAUUGAUCUGAACAAAGAACAAACUAUUUCACAGAAUGUGACCUAGACAGUGAUACAUUUGGUUUUUCUAUAAUACUUUUCCGCCAGUCUAUGGAUUUUCAUGCAAUGUGAAUCUGUAAAUCUGUGUUCCUCUCGUAACCACAAUGGCUGUACGGUUCAUGCGUGUUCAUAUGUUGCUUAAACAACCAUGGUCCCGCUUACUCCUCCUGCUGACCUAGCUUUUUACUUUUUUUUUUAAAUAACUGAUGUGUCGUUUGCAAAGAAAAUCCUUAUUUUUUACUUUUUUGGGGGGACUUUUUGCUGUGAAAAUAAACAGCUAACAGUUUUGGGGAUAGUUUUGUUUUUUGCAGUGGUUCUGAUUCUGUUUACACUUUAAGAGCUGAGACCAUCAAAUUAAAACACAUUUUAUUUGUUCAACCUGACUGAUGACUGCCUCUUUAGUUUUGGGUCAAACCAUGACUUUAUAUGUAAAUAUAGCAGAAAAAUUAACUUGACGCUGGUUGAAAAUGGGAGUAAUAAUCAUACAUGCUUGUGCAAAACAUUGACUUAUUGUUAUUACAAGUACAAGCAAAAGGUUAUAGCCAAGUAAGGUAAGUAAGGAAAGGGGUGUUUCUUGUGAAAAAGUGAUAUUCUGAUGCAUUAAAUGCACAGAUGUGAUUUCAGUUCACAUUCUUAUUUAUCUUCUUUUACACCUGAAGAAAAUCUUUUGGGUUUAAAGCUUAUUUAAGCCUUUAACAGGGACACUUUAGCACCAAAAUUUACAUUAUUUUUAACUCUUGAGCCCUUAACGCAAAAACGUAAUUCCAGUGGAUUGUGAAGUGGAGAAAAGUUGCUUUGUGCUGUUAUGUAACACUUCACGUUAUGUUGGAUAUCAAUGCAAAGCCAAUGUGAAAAGCUGCAUUUCUCUGCGUCAGAAUUCAUGUUGAUUGUGUCAACGGCUGAUGAUUGAUGGUAUCUUAAAAAGAGUGUGUUAUUUAGGUGUUCUGGUGACUUUUGCUGUUUCAUAGGAUUAACUGAAAGGAAGUCAAUAGCAGUUCAUCAAGUGUUCAUCUGUUUACAAAUGACUUACCCCAGUGGAAUGACUGUAGGCAUCUAGUGACCCAAAAGGGGCAAAACGGGUUUAGAAGAUGAAUGAAUAAAGAGAUUACUUUUA